AUGAAUACUUACAUUGUUAAUACUCUUGAACGCCGUCUUGGUAUGGAUUUAAAUGGUGAUGGGUACAUUGGUGGAGCAGGUGCUUCAGCUAUGUGGGAACGAAGACUGGGUGUCGAUAUUAAUGGUGACGGUAUUCUUGGUCGUCGACGAGAUGUUGUUCCAGGUUAUCCUGCAGUAUUUGGUUACCCUUCAAUGGUAUAUGGUUCGGGUGGUCAGAUUUAUGCUACAAAUAACUAUGUCGCCCCUAACCGUAGUAGCUACGGUUAUUAUUAA